AUGCCCGAGGACGCUCGGACCCAGGGAUCCUGUGACUACCCAGCAUCGUCGACGGAAGUUCUACAGCAAAACAUCAUGGGCCCGUCUCUUGAUUCUGAGCCUGACCACUGUGGCGGGCGUUGCUGCGGCGGACCACCAGCACCGAACACGGCUCCGGUCACGGCCUCUCAACCAGCUGGCUCGAGAAUGGCCUACAAUGUGAGCGGAUACGGUUCUGGUGCCAUCGGGGGCUCUUGCUGUGCCGAAUCACCUGAUGAGUCUGCCAACGCCGGCGAUUGUUCGUGCUGUGAGAAGCCUGACCCAGGAUCUCGCGAUGCAGGACAAGAGUCUUCCGCCAAGGAUUGUCAGGCCAAACCGUGCUGCGCAGACAAGGCUAGCCAGGACGCGACGACUCAAGAAUGCGCUGACGAUAGUAAUUGCUGCACUGGCGAGAACGAGGUAUCUGAUACUGAAAGCCUUGAUGAAUGCUGCGCCAGCCAGAAACCGCCAACAUCUACCGACAACACUUGCUGUUCUGGGCCAGGAUGCUCCGCUGAAGUCGAGGCCACUGCGCCGCCAUGCUUCACCUGCAUUGAACGUCUCGCUUUGCGGGACUGCAAACAGAACUGUAGCGAUGAAUCGCACACCACCGGCGGUUCGGAUAACGGUGUUGAGCCUGACGCAUGCAGCACCCACAGGACCACAGCAUUCGAACGCUACAGCGAGAAGCUCGCCACGCUCGGUUGUCUCUGCCGAGCCUUGAUCGCGAAAGGGCAGGAGUCGUGCUGUGUCGCUAAGCCUGCCUUUCUCAAACCGCGAGGCCGGGGCAAAGGUGAUCCAGCUGCUUCAUCGCAGACCGCAGGUCGUAGAGGUCGCAGUGCUCCCAGUACGGAAGACAACCAGUACUGCCGGUCAGAUGUCGCUCCCAUCCAAGCCCAAGGCUCUGGUUGCAAGACCGCUUGUUGCACCCCUAGCAGCCCAAUUUCUAAAGGCGGGUGUGAGAAAGAGGCCGUGGUCACCAACAAUGAUACACCUGUUGGCUUGCGUCAGAAUUUAGCUGCAUCCCAACCGAGGGAUCCUGAGAAGGGACACACUGGUCGUGAGCAUGUUGCUCUCACAAUCGCCGGUAUGACUUGCACAGGCUGUGAAACCAAGCUCCAGAGAGUUCUCGGAAACCUCCCAGCAGUUACAAAUCUGCAGAUCAGCCUCGUUAUGGCCCGGACCGAGUUCGUGUUAGAUAACGCCGUGAUGUCAGUUGAUGCUGUCAUGAAGCAUGUCGAAAGGACGACUGAGUUCAAAUGCCAGGAGAUCUCCACCCAAGGCUCUAGCCUGGAAGUUAUCCCAAAAGGCGAUAUGAAAGAGUUUCUCGAUCAAGCAAUCCCAAUUGGAGUCAACUAUUUACAGCGUUCAGAUAAUGACUCAGACAUUGUUCAGGUCAAUUUCGACCCGCGCGUUGUCGGUGCCAGGGAUCUAUGUGAAAAGCAGCUCCUGCCCUCUGCUUUGGGUCCAUUUGGUACUGACCCUGGGUUGGCCGCCGGCUCCAAACACGUCAAGAUGACUGGCUACUACACGCUUCUCUCUUGUAUCUUGACGAUCCCCGUUCUUGUAUUGGCUUGGGCGCCUCUACCAGAGCACGAUAUUGCGUAUGGCGCUGCUUCCUUAGUCCUCGCGACUAUUGUCCAGUUGGUCGUCGCAGGCCCGUUCUAUCCCAAGGCCCUCAAAAGCCUUAUAUUCUCUCGCAUGAUCGAAAUGGACCUCCUUAUAGUGCUCAGUACAAGCGCCGCAUAUAUCUUCUCCGUGGUCUCUUUUGGUUUCCUCGUCCGACGCCAGCCCCUGUCCACAGGUGAAUUCUUCGAGACCAGCACGCUGUUGGUCUCGCUUGUUAUGGUCGGUCGAUUUGUCGGCGCUCUGGCGCGCCAGAAAGCCGUUGAGUCCAUUUCGAUACGGUCAUUGCAAAGCAGUACAGCGUUGCUGGUCAACGAGGACGGGAUUACCAGUUCGGAAAUCGACACGAGGCUUCUCCAAUAUGGAGACUCCUUUAUCGUUUUGCCUGAGCAUCGUAUACCAACAGACGGUAUCGUCACUCAAGGUGAAUCGGAAACCGAUGAGGCUAUGGUCACAGGCGAGUCGCGACCCGUUGAGAAGACCGUUGGGGAUCACGUCUUGGCUGGUUCUAUCAAUGGAUCAGGCAAGCUCAUGGUCCGACUCACACAUCUCCCGGCGGAUAACACCGUUAGCGUUAUUGCUGGGAUGAUCGAUAGUGCCAAGCUGACGAAACCAAAGGUGCAGGCCGUCGCAGAUCGGAUUGCCUCGUAUUUCGUACCAGUUGUAGUUGCACUCACCAUUAUCACCUUCGCUGUCUGGGUAGCUGUGGGGAUAGAAGUACGAAGACAGGGUAGCAGCGAGGCCUCCAUCCAGGCCCUCACAUUUGCCAUCACUGUCCUGAUCGUAUCAUGCCCUUGCGCCAUCGGCUUGGCGGUACCCAUGGUCAUUGUAAUUGGGACCGGCGUAGCUGCCGACUAUGGCAUUAUCUUCAAAUCGGCCGACAGUAUAGAGACAGUUCGCAGCGCUACCCAUGUUGUUUUUGACAAGACUGGUACACUGACUGAAGGAAAACUCAAGGUCCAAAAUGAGUACUAUUCACCAGGGGAUUCUCAGGCACGCUCGGCCGUUUUGGGCCUGGUCGCCGGCAGCAAACAUCCUGUGUCCGCCGCCGUAGGGGAAUACCUCAAGGAGCAGGCCGUAACUGAAAGGUUGAUUGCCGAUAGCAAGGCGAUCCCAGGACAUGGUAUCGAAGGAACCGUGGGCGGGCGCACUGUCCGUGGUGGUAAUGCUCAUUGGUUGCAAGUUGCCAGCAAUAACCACGUCGCAGACAUGCUAUCGAACGGUUACACAGUGUUUUGUGUGACCAUUGACUCCGAGCUGUGUGCAGCUUACGCCCUUUCCGAUACUUUAAGGCCAGAUGCUCAUCAGGUUGUCUCUCAACUGAAGAAGAAAGGGAUCCAAGUCUCCAUCCUGAGUGGUGAUGACGACGGCGCGGUCCAAAGUGUCGCUGAGGAGCUUGGCCUGGAUCCUUCGGAGGCGCAUUCCAAAUGUCGGCCUGCCGAUAAGCUUGAGUUCAUCAAGAAACUCCAGUCUGGCACAUUGGAUGGCAAGUCACCAACAAUUGUAUUUGUUGGGGACGGAACCAACGAUGCUGGAGCCCUCGCCCAGGCGAAUAUUGGAGUACACGUCAACUCAGGAACGGACAUCGCUCAGAGUGCAGCUGAUGUUGUUCUCAUGCGUCCAACGCUCCACGGAGUUGCAACCAUGAUCGACAUAUCCCAUGCCUCUAUGGUUCGGAUCAUGUUCAAUUUUGGAUGGAGCGCCGUAUACAAUGUCCUCGCACUCCUGUUCGCUUCAGGGGCCCUCGUUGCUGCCAGUGGAGGGGCGGGCGUCAGAAUUCCUCCCGAAUAUGCUGGGCUUGGGGAACUAGUCAGCGUUCUUCCAGUUAUUGUUAUCGCUCUGACGUUGAAGUGGGUCAAGUUCUAG